ACUGAGGGGAGCAGAGCGGGACGGGGACACAGUUCCCAGCGUGCAGCGCGCCGGAGGGGGGCACGGGGCUUUGCGCGCUCCGCCUCUCGGGAAUUGUAGUGUCGGCGAGCGCCACGGACGGGCGGGCGGCAGAGACGCGGACUGCGCUUCCCGUCGGGCGGCGCGGCCCCAUUGUGGGCACGCUCGCAGCCCAUUGGCCGGCGGCCGCGGCCGGGCCUCGCUCCCCGCCCGCUGACACAAAGCGGCUCCAAGAUGGCGGAGGCGGGCGCGGGGAGCCCGCACGGCGGGGACGCGGCGCCGCCGGGGCCGCCCGAGGAGCAGGAGCUGAGCCGGCGCCUCCGCCGCCUCUACCCCGCCGUCAACCAGGACGAGACGCCGCUGCCGCGCUCCUGGAGCCCCAAGGACAAGUACAACUACAUCGGCCUCUCGCAAGGCAACCUGCGCGUCCACUACAAAGGUCACGGUAAAAAUCACAAAGAUGCUGCCUCGGUCAGGGCCACUCACCCCAUCCCUGCAGCCUGUGGCAUUUAUUACUUUGAAGUGAAGAUCGUCAGUAAAGGUAGAGAUGGGUACAUGGGAAUAGGACUUUCUGCUCAAGGAGUCAACAUGAACAGACUUCCUGGAUGGGAUAAACAUUCUUAUGGGUACCAUGGUGACGAUGGGCACUCCUUCUGUUCCUCGGGGACAGGGCAGCCCUACGGCCCCACCUUCACCACUGGAGAUGUGAUUGGCUGCUGUGUCAACCUCAUCAACAAUACCUGCUUCUACACAAAAAAUGGCCACAGUUUAGGUAUAGCCUUUACAGACCUCCCUUCAAACCUCUACCCUACCGUGGGUCUCCAGACUCCAGGGGAGAUCGUGGAUGCCAACUUUGGGCAGCAGCCCUUUGUGUUUGACAUUGAGGACUACAUGAGGGAGUGGAGGGCGAAGAUCCAGAGCACCAUUAAGCGGUUUCCCAUCGGAGACAGGCUGGGAGAGUGGCAAGCCAUGCUGCAGAAUAUGGUUUCAUCAUAUUUGGUUCAUCAUGGGUACUGUUCAACAGCAACUGCCUUUGCCAGAGUCACAGACACCACAAUCCAGGAAGAACAGACCUCAAUAAAGAACAGACAAAGAAUACAGAAGCUAGUAUUAGCAGGCAGAGUGGGAGAGGCUAUAGAAGCCACCCAGCAGCUCUAUCCUGGCCUCCUAGAACAUAACCCCAACCUGCUCUUCAUGUUAAAGUGCCGGCAGUUCGUGGAGAUGGUGAACGGCACGGACAGCGAGGUGCGCUGCUUCGGCGCGCGCAGCCCCCGCUCCCAGGACAGCUACCCCGGCUCCCCCAGCUUCAGUCCCAGGCAUGGAUCGAGCAACUCACACCUUCACAGCACUGGAGCAGAUAGUCCAACCUGUAGUAAUGGAGUCACGUCCACAAAAAGCAAACAGAGUCACAGUAAAUACCCAGCACUGAGUUCAUCAUCUUCAUCUUCCUCCUCCUCUUCCCCUUCAUCUGUGAACUACUCGGAGUCCAAUUCUACAGAUUCUACCAAAUCUCAGCAGCACAGUAGUACGAGUAAUCAAGAAACCAGUGACAGUGAGAUGGAAAUGGAGGCUGAGCAUUACCCCAACGGAGUCCUGGAGAAUUCCUCCACCAGGAUAAUGAAUGGCACCUACAAACACGAGGAGAUCCUGCAGACAGAUGAGUCCAGCAUGGACAGCUGCCCCCAGAGGCAGCUGUGUGGAGGGAACCACGCUGCCACAGAGAGAAUGAUCCAGUUUGGACGGGAGCUGCAGAUCCUGAGCGAGCAGCUUUGCAGAGAGUAUGGGAAGAACACCAUGCACAAAAAGAUGCUUCAGGAUGCCUUUAGCUUGUUAGCUUACUCAGACCCUUGGAACUGCCCUGUUGGCCAACAGCUGGACCCCAUCCAGAGGGAACCUGUGUGUGCUGCUCUCAAUAGUGCUAUUUUGGCCCCACCCAGGAUCAAGGCUUGGAGCCAUCUCCAGCAGCCUGUGCCCUCCUGGGCUGAUGACUCUAAGUGGAUGCUUGGAGCAGAGGGGUGCCAUGCAGAUCCCCUGGCACCACAGUCCUCCCUCACUCCCUGUGAGCUACCAAGGGGCCACCUCAAACCCUUCUUCACACUGGCACCUCCCAGCCACACUCUGGAGCAGGAUAUUGUGCCUCGGACUGUCAUCCCUGGAUGCCCUUUAAAAUAUUUGGGAGGAAAACCACCCAGUGCUGGGAACUGCUCUGGUCAUGCUCCCCAAGCCCAGCUUCCUCAGACACAUUUCUUGCUGAUGGAGGCUCAAGAUCCACUGCUCUGGAUGGACCUUAAGGAGCUCCUGCUUAAGAGUUGUGUUUCAUUUUCUGGCCCAAGACGUGGCCUGAGAUGCUCUGCUUCCCUUUUCCCAGGAUUUGAAGCCGUGUCUGUAGAAGCCAGAUGAUUCACAACUCCCUGGAGAACUUU